UUGUAAAUCAACCGAGUACAAAAUUUGUUCACCGUUUAUUUACUAUUGGAAAAUUUUUAAUUUAUCUUAUUGAAUUGUAAAAUCUGAGUUUAAGUACAAGCACUAGAAAUCUUAACUCUGAAAAAAUUCGCUAGGUAGAAAACGAAUACGACGAUUCAUUAAUAUCAAAGACAACCUGAAGAUCUAGAGCUUGGAAGAAUAACAGAUAUCGAAGAAAAUGCCACCCCGAUUAAAAUAUAUCGAGGUAGAAAAUUUCAAAUCAUAUAGAGGUCAUCGUGUUAUAGGACCCCUUAAGCCUUUUAAUGCUGUUAUUGGUCCCAAUGGAUCAGGUAAAUCAAAUUUCAUGGAUGCCAUCAGUUUUGUGAUGGGAGAAAGGACGCAAAGUUUGAGAGUGAAAAGGCUUAGCGAUUUGAUUCAUGGGGCUGCUAUCAGUAGACCUAUUUCAAGAAGUGCUUCAGUAACUGCUGUAUUCUCCUUGGACGAUGAAACUGGUAAAGAAAUAUCAUUUCAGAGAUCAGUCCAAGGCUCCUCUUCGGAAUAUCGCAUAGAUGGAAAUGUGGUUUCCAACAACGAAUACCUAGGGGAACUAGAGAAACUUAGGAUAAACGUCAAGGCCAAAAACUUCUUGGUAUUUCAAGGCGCUGUAGAAUCGGUGGCCAUGAAAAACCCUAAAGAAAUGACUGGACUUUUUGAAGAAAUCAGCGGCUCCGGAGCCCUGAAAGAAGAAUACGAUAAACUGAAGCAACAGAUGUUGAAAGCCCAGGAAGAAAUCAAUUUUGCCUACCAGAGAAAAAAAGGCAUAAAUGCAGAACGAAAGGAAGCCAAGUUGGAGAAAGAAGAAGCUGAUAAAUACGCCCGUUUAAAAGAUGACCUGACCGACAAACAAGUUGAACAUCAGUUGUUCAGACUGUACCACAAUGAACGUGAAAUGAAGAACUUGGAGAUGGAAAUCAAGGGCAAACAAAAGGAGUUGGAUAAAAUAGAGAAGAGAAAGGAAAAAGCCGAAGAAGCUUUGAAAGAGAAAAAGAAGGAACACGGAAAAUUGAACAGAGAUUUAGCUAAGAUAGAACAAGAUAUUAGAGAAGUGGAAGUGGAGAUUUCUAAGAAGAGACCUCAGUUCAUAAAGUCGAAAGAAAGAGUCUCUCACAUGCAAAAAAAGCUGGACGGAGCUAUCAAAACCCUAGAACAAGCGCGCAAGGCGCACGAAGCUCACAUGAACGAUAUAAAGAAGUUGGAAGAUGAGCUGGCUGAAGUUGAAAGGACUAAGGCUGAGUACGAAGAACAGAUUGCUGGAGAAUCACAAAGUCAAGGAAGAGAUGUACAUUUAGAAGACGCGCAGGUUCGUGAGUAUCACCGACUGAAGGAAGAAGCGGCCAAGCGAUCGGCAAGGUACAUGCAGGAACUCGACUCGGUUAACCGUGAACAAAAGGCCGAUCAGGAUAAACUUGACAACCUCCUCAGAAUGAGAACUGAUAACGAAAAUAGACACAGGCAGAAAUGCCACGAAAAAGAAGAGAUGGAAAAAAGAAUCGAUAAAUUAGCUGAACAUAUCAGAUCUAGCCAACAAGCUCUGCAGGAUCAGAAACAGAUGCUUGUUGAUCUCCAGUCUGAUGUUGGUUCUUCUAAAGAUAGGGUUCAAGAAAUCCAGAAACAGCUAGAUGACGUUCUGGAGCAGUUGGGUGAUGCACGCACAGACAAACAUGAAGAUUCCAGAAGAAAGAAGAAGCAAGAAAUUGUUGAAAGAUUCAAGAGCAAUUAUCCAGGAGUUUACGAUCGUAUGAUAAAUAUUUGCCAUCCCAUCCAUAAAAGAUACAAUGUUCCCAUUACCAAAGUCAUGGGUAAAUAUAUGGAAGCUAUAGUGGUUGAUACUGAACAUACAGCGCGACAGUGUAUUAAAUAUCUGAAAGAACAAAUGUUGGAACCUGAAACCUUCCUUCCCUUGGACUAUCUUCAAUCGGUGCCAGUGAAAGAGAGGUUGAGAAGCAUUACAGACCCCAAAGGUGUCAAGUUGCUUUACGAUGUUCUUCAAUACGAACCCCAGAGUGUGGCAAAAGCCAUUCUUUUUGUCACUAACAAUGCAUUGAUCUGUGAGACGCCCGAAGAUGCGAAUAAGGUUGCUUAUGAGCUUGGAGGAAGAUACGAUGCUGUUGCGUUGGAUGGUACCUAUUAUCAGAGAUCCGGUAUCAUAUCCGGAGGUACUCUGGAUUUAGCAAGAAGGGCCAAAAGAUGGGACGAGAAACACAUGGCCCAACUGAAACAGCAGAAGGAGAAGCUUACGGAAGAACUCAGGGAAGCGAUGAAGAAAUCCAGGAAAGAAUCUGAAAUGAACACGGUUGAUUCACAGAUAAGGGGAUUGGAAACCAGAUUGCGUUACGCUAAAACAGACAUGGAAAGCACUAAAAAGCAGAUCAAAGCUGUUGAGACAGAACUAGGAAGACUUACGGAGGAGAUGACAUCAUUUGGGCCACAAAUUGAAGCUAUUGAAAAAACGAUGCGAUCUAGAGAACAACAAAUUGAGGAGAUCAAGUUGAAGAUGAACAGUGUAGAGGAUGUUGUCUUCUCCAAGUUUUGUCAGGAGAUUGGCGUUAAAAAUAUUCGUCAAUAUGAGGACCGUGAACUCCGGGCUCAAGAGGAACGGAAGCAGAAAAGGCUGGAGUUCCAGAAGCAGAUCAAUAGGAUAACCAGCAAUUUGGAGUUUGAAAGGAGCAGGGACACUCAAAACAAUGUUAGCAGAUGGGAACGCACUGUGAACGACGAAGAAGAGCGCCUCGAAGCUGGUAAAAAGCAGGAACUGAAACACAGGGAUGAAAUCGACAAAGAUCUUCAGCAGGUCGAGCAGUUGAAGGCCCAAAGACUGUCCAAGAAGCAGGAGGUGGAUGGAAUGGAAGAAGAGUUGGGGAAAGCUAGACGCGAAGUGGGAUCGAUUGCCAAAGACGUACAAACUGCUCAGAAGGCUAUUGUUUCCUUUGAGGGGAAGAUUGAGAGCAAAAGGAGCGAGAGACAUACAAUACUUAUGCAAUGCAAGAUGGAUGAUAUUGCUAUUCCUAUGCUUGUUGGUAAUAUGGAAGACAUUGUGGCUGCUGAUCCUCAAUCACAAAGCUCUUCCGGGGAUUCCAGCUCGGCCAAUUUGGAGAAGGAAGCCAGGAUCAAAAUCGACUACAAUAUGUUAUCCGAAAACCUGAAGGACCUAGAAGAGAAGGACGACAUUAAACGACAGGCGGAUAAGCUAUUGAACUCGAUAAAAUCGCUGACUGAUACCUUGAACAAAAUCCAAGCUCCAAAUCUAAGAGCCAUGCAGAAAUUGGAAAGCGCACAAUCGAAACUGCAGUCUACCAACGAGGAAUUCCAGAAUCUGCAAAAACAAAACAAGAAAGCCAAAAUCGCUUUCGAGAGGAUCAAGCAACAAAGAUACGACAGAUUCACGAAAUGUUUCGAUCACGUGUCCAACGAGAUUGAUGCCAUUUAUAAAUCGUUGGCUCAGAAUCAAUCUGCGCAGGCGUUUUUGGGAGCUGAGAAUCCCGAAGAGCCCUAUUUGGAUGGUAUCAAUUAUAACUGUGUAGCUCCAGGAAAGAGAUUCCAGCCUAUGUCGAAUUUGUCAGGAGGGGAAAAAACGGUAGCUGCUCUUGCCCUCUUGUUUGCAAUUCACAGUUAUCAACCUGCCCCGUUCUUCGUACUCGAUGAGGUAGAUGCUGCCUUGGACAACACAAAUAUCGGAAAAGUGGCUAAAUAUAUCACGGAAAAAACCGAGUCGCUCCAAACAAUCGUGAUUUCUCUUAAAGAGGAAUUUUAUUCGCAUGCCGAUAAUCUGAUUGGAAUUUGUCCUGAGCCAGCCGAUUGCCUUGUGAGCCAGGUGCUAUUGAUGGACUUGACCAAAUACAGUAAAUACUGAGAAUUGGUCGAUUUUUUUUAAGUUAAGAGUUAUUUUAUAGUUAUUUAGAAUAUGUUUUUAACGAGAAAAUGUGAAUGUUUUAUUUUUAAUAAAAUUAUAAAAAGUU